GCCUACAUCAAUCUUCUACAGAGAUAUAACUCCUACGUACAUAAUUAGUCAUAAAAUCUUCUUAAUUACUUCGCAUCCUUUAUCUUCCUCCAUAAAUAACCAAAUGUCGACUAUUAAUCCCAAGUUUAGCAUCAUUACCUGCAAGAGUCCAAAAAAGAGACUUAACCGAAAGAAUUAUCAAAUAAACUAAUUCGUAUGAUGAAUCAUCAAAAUAACAAUGGCAAGAGUAAAUAGAUUGAAGCAAAAUAAAAUCAGAGGGAGUUCUGGAAACAAAUACAGAGAGCAAGCAAAACCAAUGGUGAAGGGGAAACAGAGGUGAUAAAAAGGCCAGGGGAAAAGCAAACAAAGACAUCUAGAAAGGGGCACUACUCAUUCAACAACAAUCAUCCACUAUGUUAGCAAGUUACCACAACAAAUUAAUUGUCAUGUAAGUGUUCAAGAUGAGUCAUCUAUACUUACUAAUAUGUUCCAUAAAACUUGAAUCUACAAUAGCUCAAAUCAAAAUUUUAACCAACUCAAAAGAAGAACAUGUAACAGCAUCACUUGCAACACCGGUAGUUAGAUUACUAAAGCUAGUUCCAGCACUUAAAAGUUAAAACACCUGUUUAGAGCCUGUAACAACAGUAUCAACAACAACAACAAAGUAUUAUUACAUUGGCUAUUAUGAACGAUUAAAAUAGAGAGGUCUUUUAUGUUCACUUCCAUUGGCAUAAUAUUAUCUGAUAAUUCAGUCAUGACCAGCAAAGAACAAAUGAAAAGUUCCAAUCCACGAAAAUGAGAACAAAAUCCAAACCGGGUCGAAGAAGCUUCAUGUCACCAUCAUCCUGGUGGAAGAAGCUGACACAGAAAGUUAGUUUACGAUAACUUCAACUAAAAUGUGCCAACAGAUAUACAAGCAAAUAUUUAUCAAAUUCCACAUUGAAGUACCUGACUUGCUUCAGCAUCCGCUCUUCAACUGACUACAUAUACAUCUCGAGGUUGUACUUUGACAAUCACAUGCUAAUCCUUAUGUUUAACUGACGCCAUAAGUAUAAUCCUAAACAUCCUCAACAACAAUGCCAUGGAAGUGCAUACUUCAGCCUCCAUCGUGUCAACUCUGUCGUGGAUGCUUCUCUUAUUUAAAUCGAGUUGCUCUUGAACUCAAUUAAAUAGAUACUACACAUAUAGCAUAACUUUCCUUGAUUCAUAAACAACACAAGCCAAUCAAUUUCAGAAACACACAUCGACUGAAUACUUAUAAGCAACAUUCUCUCUUAUUGGCUUAUACCUAGUGUAUAGCUUUAAGAACUUAUUCACUAAUGGGGUGACAACCAGACUAAGAUUGAGUUAACCUUGAACCUUAAGUGUCAAUUGAUAACCUCAUUAAGUGUGUCAAACCCAAGUAUUCUAUUGCAAUGAGGCAAUGGGACUUGCAGCCACAAGAGAUGUGAAUUGGACCUCUUAAUCGUAAUAUCUUUGACCAUUCCAAUAACCUAGAAUGAAGCAAAGUUUGAAUUCCUAAUUUUCCCCUGCCCAGAAACAAUCUCUAAGGAAAAUUGAAAUCCCACUAGCUCAAGAAAAAAAGAGGAAGCUAGAAAGUUGCAGGUCUAGAAGGUGAAAGUUGGUUUGAAUCUGAAACUUCAUCUUUGUGAGCGGAAUGAAAAGAACAGUAAAUUUUACUCUUACCAACAAGAAAAUGAGAGCUUUAGUAAGUUUGCUUGAGAUCUGUUGAUGUAAAAGCAGAACUGGUCCGAUGGAGAGUGAAACCGCUGCUAUCGGGACAAUGACAACGCGAUUGUUGGUGUUCUCGCACAGUAGAGGUGGACUUGGGUCGAAUGGUGGCAGGAUUAUGGAUAGAAGUACUUGUGAACAACAUUCAAGUAGGACUGCGUGGGAGGACGGCGGUCGUCGUCGAGAAGUGUGCUCAUGGACGGCGGCUCCUGAAUGGUUUUCUUUUAUUGCUCUACCGUGAGAUCCAUUUCUGUUGUGAAUUGAAGAUAAGGUAGCAGGCAUGGUUGUCACGCCGGUCGGCGUGCCACUGGUUGAAUCUGGUUCAACCUGUAUCGGUCAUAAAACCGGUAUGACACUACCGGUAUGACCGGCAUGAUCGAUAUACGAAUCUCUAAGUAAAAUGAUCUUAUAUUAGCGAAUUUAUUUGAUAAAAAGUAAUUUAUUAUUUAUUUUAUGUCUUAUAAAGUUAAAUGUUGAUG